AGCCCUGGAGGGACAUUUAUUAUUUAAUAAUUAUUACUUAUUACUUAAAACCAAUAAUCAUUAUUUAGCACAUAUACCCCGUUAUUUAUAAUUUAUUACUUAUUACUUAUUACCUAUUAUCUAUAACUUAUUAUCUGCCAGUGGCGGGAAAUAAUGAACACAUGGUGCAAAAUGGAUGUCAAAAGUACACUUCUGUGAAAAGUUACAUUGUUACGCAGCACAAGACAAAAACCAGUAACAGAGGGUCAGAUGGAAAUGCUUUGGAGUGCAAGGGUUGUACUGUUCUCAACAAUUCUGAUAAGCCAUGCAGGAGCUGUUGUACCUCAUAAAACACCACCAGUGAAUCAAAAUAAACAGUCUAGACUAAAUUUGGUGAAAGAAUAUUUCAGGGAUGGUUUUAAGUACUUUGAAAUCGUUCUUCUUUUAUUUUCUCAACACAAUAUUAAAAUCAGCAUACGGCACUUGAAGCGAAUAUUGAAGGCGAAUAAUUUAUGCCGCCGAGGAGAUGUUCUUACCGCAAAUGAUGACGUUAUUAAAGAUUUGAUAGAGAAAGAACUUCAGUACAGUGGAAAUUGUAUCGGCUAUAGAAGUAUGUGGCGUCGUUUAAUGUACGACUAUAAAUUAAAAGUUGAGAGGCAUGAUGUAAUGCGGUUAAUUAGAGAAAUAGAUCCUGAAGGGGUACGCUUGAGAAAGGCCCACAGGCUAAUUAGAAUGAAAUAUUGUGCACAAGGCCCCAAUUAUAUUUGUCACGUUGACGGAUACGACAAACUUAAACAAUUUGGUUUGUGUAUUCAUGCAGCAAUAGACGGGUAUAGUCGUAGAAUUAUCUGGUUAGAAGUUGGGGCAAGUAAUAACGAUCCAAAAUGCAUCGCUGAUUAUUAUAUUGAAUCGAUUAAGACUUUAAAACUUGUCCCUCGUAUGGUUAGAGCUGACUGUGGCACUGAAAACACACACAUCAGUUUUCUACAACCCUUACUUCGACGGAACCACAAUGAUUCAAUGUCUGGAACCAAUAGCCUAUGUUUAGGAGAAGUACCUCGAACCAACGAAUCGAAGCCUGGUGGAGCUACCUGCGACGUCAAGGAAUACACUGGUGGAUAA